CUAUAUGUCGGGUUGAUGAUAGUUUCAUGUGGGCUUUGGCAGAGUUUAACUGGGCUUCUUGAGUCAACCUGUGAUAAUUUGUUUUUUGGUUUAUCGUUCUGUCGAUCUUCCGUCUCCGAGCCAACCGUCAACAUCUUCUUCGAAUCGGUCGCUUCUCGUCUCUCUUCGAUCCAACAACGUCUUUGGAUUCAAUUUCGAAGGUUAUUGCGGUCGGGAUCGAGUCUUCUGACCAUGAAUUACCUUCUUGGAGCCUUCAAGCCGGCGUGUCACGUUUCAAUCACUCUUUCUGAUGGGAAAACCCGUAAACAGGUACCCUUGAAGAAAGAAAACGGGCAAACCGUCAUGGUGCCACUUUUCCAGAGUCAAGAAACUAUUUCGGGGAAGGUUUGUAUUGAACCUGCUCAAGGGAAAAAGGUUGAGCACAAUGGUGUAAAAGUUGAGCUUCUUGGUCAAAUAGAGAUGUAUUUUGACAGAGGAAACUUUUAUGACUUCACUUCCUUGGUACGUGAACUGGAUGUCCCUGGAGAGAUAUACGAAAGAAAAACAUAUCCUUUUGAAUUUUCAACGGUCGAGAUGCCUUAUGAGACGUACAACGGUGUGAAUGUACGGCUAAGGUAUGUGCUGAAAGUAACAAUCACACGUGGUUAUGCCGGAAGCAUAGUGGAAUACCAGGAUUUCGUGGUCAGGAACUAUUCUCCACUUCCUGCAAUUAACAACAGCAUCAAGAUGGAAGUCGGAAUUGAAGAUUGCCUGCACAUCGAGUUUGAGUACAAUAAAAGCAAGUAUCACCUGAAAGAUGUUAUACUGGGCAAAAUAUAUUUUCUCCUAGUGAGAAUCAAGAUAAAGAACAUGGAUCUUGAGAUAAGACGGCGUGAAUCAACAGGGGCAGGAGCUAAUACUCAUGUUGAAACAGAGACUCUGGCUAAAUUCGAGUUGAUGGAUGGCGCCCCUGUUAGAGGUGAAUCUAUACCGAUCAGACUGUUCUUGAGUCCGUACGAUCUGACACCGACCCAUCGGAACAUUAACAACAAAUUCAGUGUGAAGUACUAUCUGAAUCUUGUUCUGGUCGACGAAGAGGAUCGCCGAUACUUCAAGCAGCAAGAAAUAACGUUGUACAGGCUGCAGGAAACAUCUUGAGAAAAGGGAAGAACAGGAUUUCACGGUAAUCUUUGGACACCAUCUUGUAAAGGGCUUUUAGGCUUCGGUUCUGUAAUCGAAUUUCUGCUGAAGAUUGGCACUUGGUCGGAGUGAAAGUUCACCUGUUUGUAGUUUAUCAGCAAUUAGGGUUUUCCAACAUUCAUGGUUUUUGCAACUCGAAUUCUUCAUUGUGAUCAAACCCCCUUUGUGGAAAAACCAGUUUCUCUUGUAAUCAAACUUAAGUCUGGGCGAAAGCCAGAAACUUUACAGAAUUCGUGGGAGGUAA